UCUAUGAAGACGCUUGAUCAAAACCAACAGCUUCUAGUUCCCAUGCACUAGCAAGCGUGGCCAUUUUGCCGACGAUUGGUCGAUAAUCCUGUCGCUGUUGACACUGUUCUUAUCUCAAAUCGGAUAAAACUAAAAAAUCCGGCGGUCAGCAAAUGCCUGGCCACAGCCUUCUGAGUCACGCUAGCUCGCAGCAGUGAUGAAGCAACGAUACAGAUGAUCCACAACCUUCGUGGAGCGCCUCUAAACACGAUUUAUACAAUGAAAUCGGUAUUCCUUAUCGCUUCCCUUCUUCUGAUCAAUGCUUCUGUUUUGUCAGGUAAGCGAUACCAACGCGGAAAGUGAUUCUAUAAACAAAAGUUGACUUGAAGGAAAUCCCUUUAUUGCAGAUUGCGGUCUGCGAACUCUUACUUAUGUCGUGGAAGCCAUUAAGGCCUUCACCCAUUUUCAACACGAUAAUUUUCUAAGGUUCACAUCUCCGUGUUAAUCUUCUCACCAGCUUUUCCUAGAAUGUGUUCAAAACCCCAGCAUAGUAAGGUCUUAAAUGGGGCGUAAAAUAGUUCUUAUUUUUCUCUGUAAUUAGAUUUGCGCUUUGUAAGCGUGAGAGAAGACAAUAUUCGCUGUUAAAUAACAUUUGCGAUUAUCUGUGAAAAAGAAAACGUUUAUCUUUUCAAUUAACGCAUAGACCUCAUUUAACCUUCAGUGCGCACAUUUCAGUUAACUGAUGCAUCAUGCUGAUCGCUAAAAGCUUUUUGACAAAUGAAUAUUUUACCUUUGUUUCUAUCACUGAUAUUUCAGAGAAAGCCGACGUCUGUGAGGUUAUGCCUGACAUUUAAGUGGCAGCUGUGUCUCUUUUGUCUACCUUUUACUUGAUAUGGCUCUUUACAUUUCAGCAUUUCUUGUUUUAAUUUCUCAACAUAUAUGCUCUUUUCUGAUAAUUAGUACGUCGCCGAAAAAUUUUCGUUCAUAGUUGGAAUUUUUUUAAGGCUUUUUGCCGCCAAGAUUCUCAUUUAUUUUGUAUUAGCGAAAAGCGCUUUACUGUAAUUACAUUUUCGGCAAAUCAGCAUUGAAUCCGUCAGGCAAGAGUUCAAAUAUUUUUACAAUACCUAGACUAAUGUUUAUUAGCGGCUUAUAAUUUUCAUACUUCCGGUGUCUUGCGCGAGGCUGAGGUUAAAUAAUAUGGAAUGAAAAAUAAAUAUCACCUCCCGGCUUUUUUUCGGCGAGUUUUUCACUAAGCAUUCUGUCUGUGGCAAAUUGACGAAAUUACAUGCGUGACACACGUUUGAAUUAUGACAGCUGCAAAUGAUAGUUUUAAAAACAUUUUGUUGAAAAGCGAGGGUAAAAUCGACUUACACUUAAGAAGGAAAAAGGAAAAGUUAGUGGGAGAGAACCGGCGACCUUUUGGUCUAAAUCCAUGAUCCAAUUAAACUCCGCAAAAACCAUAACCUCUCUUAAUGUAUCAAGAUCUGUACGCCGGUGUUGCGAAGGAAUUUAUCUAAGAGGAAACUGAAAAUAUGCUUUGAUGCGAUCCUAUACUCACUAAACCUUUUCGGCACGUCAUAUGAUAUUCAAAUUAUCUUCUCUGGAGACUCGAAAAAAUUCCAUCUGCUGCAUGAUAACAAAUCAACCACAUACUUCAAGAGGCAUCUCAUUUCUUUAAUUUGUAGGGGUCCGUCAUCCAUGUAGUAUAAGAAAUCGCGACCCCUCAUCGCACAUUUCUACCGUUUUCCUCAUUCAAGUUCUGUCUAGCAUUUUUUUCAGUUCACAGUUAGAAUCUCUUUUGAUAAGUCCAUCUUUCAUGGUUCGGACAAAUUUCCUACUCCACCUAUUAUCCUGAAAAAGAUCUGGAUCAGAUGACCUAGUUGAAUUUUCACAAGUGAGUGCCGAGUGUACAUUUAACCUUCUCCUCUCGCGCGCAAUUAAUUAACACGUAAUCAAAUCCUGUCAAAGUAAACCAAAAAAUGCCUUGAUAUUGGUUGGGAUGCACUUAAUCAAAUUCUCUUUUCUGUAUGUCUCUGAAAAAAAUUUAAAAUAGAUUAAAAUGGAAAAAAAAAAUCUCGGAGAGUUUCUUAUACCCCAUUCACACUAACAAAACAUGUUUAGAUAAACCAGAUUAAACUAUCCAAAAUUCAACAACAACAACCCGGCUGAAAAAUUGUAUUGAUUUUCCAGAGACUUUAAGUAAUCUCAAACUUGCAUUUUCAAAGAGCUAAAUUGGAAGUUGUAAACAUUAUUUUAAACAGCCUCUAAAAAGACAAAAGUUUUCAACCGUGUUUUUUUAAAAAAAGCUCUGACAUGUCUAAAACAUGUUUAAGCUUUGUUGUGAAUGGAGUAUUUUUUAAAAAACUCUUUGAUGAUCCCUACACUGAACGAAUUUUGAACGAAUGUUUCGUUUGCACGUGUCGAAGUCAUCUCGUCAUCAAGGACCAUACGAGUCCUAUUUAUUGUCAUAAAACCAACAAUGUCUUUUACUUAGCAGAUAUGGCUUCCUCAAAUUGGUUUAAUCAAUCAUAAAAACUUGAAUGCAUGGUGGCCAUUAUAUACUUAGGGAGAAGUUUGCUCCGAAGGCCAUGAAAAUUUAAUAUUCCUCUCUCGAAAGUACGUAUGCUAUAAGGACACUGACUAAGUUUUUUUUAUUCCAAAGAGUAACUGAAUCUAUCGAAAAUUUUCUAAAAAAUGGAAAAAAUUCCAAAAAAAUAACUUACGGAAGCCGCCAUUUUGAAUCAUGCAUAAAAGCCCAGCCUCUUACCUGUGACGUAACAAAAUUUCAAGCAUGCGGCCAUGUCAUGUUAGUUGUUUUUCGAAAUGGCGGCUUUUAUCGUCGAACCGCAAGAUAAUUUUAAAACAGUUUUCGAUUGUGUAGGUUAUACUUUGAAGUCAAAUUCGAAAUUAAUUUUCAGGGCAAUACAAACAGGACUGGGCACUACCUCAGACUCUCAAGAUCUGAUCGUUAAUUCUCCACUAUACGAGUUCUUUUGUUUCAGAGAGUUACCAUAAUAAGGUGCUAUAUCAAGAUUUUUGAAGAUGAUGCUAUCUUUUGUCUAUUCUCAACAUCUAUUUUCUGCAUUGUUAAGGUAACGAGAAGUUACAUGCUGCCGAUAACCUACGGGGGCUAAAUUGUCGAUCAUUCAACUGAAUAACGAUUAAAAACGUUACCAUUUCUAUUCUUGUCUUUGUACUUGCUUCAUCAAACCAUUCUUUAAUUGGAUGCAAUUGUCAAAAUACAGUCAAUGCCGAUAAACUCUCAAAAAGGAGGUCCACACAUGUAAAAUUCCACAAUUCCGUGGUUGAUUUAAUUAUUUUUUGUUUCUCUUUUAGUAGCAGUUAACAAAUGUUUCAACUGCGUCGAAAGCAACUGGAAUAAGUGCGAAAAGAGUCAAACCAGAACACAGUGUACGACGUCUUUGUUGGGGAAUACUCACUGUUACUCUGCUAAUGGACAAUACGACAAUGGCACAGCAGUUAUGGAUGUGGUGGCGAGGGGCUGUAUCGACUGCUCAGGUAAAUCAUAUUAAGAAAUAAGCCCACAUCACUCCCUGAGAGGAGCGGGGAUUUCCAAGGAAAAGUUUGCUCAGGAAGUAUCGUUAUUUUCAACCUAAUCUUACGAUGGACAACGGUAUCAGACUUUUUCAUUUGCUUCACAGAAGAAUUUUUUCAGAAAAAAUGGUAUCCGACGUACCAGGUUACUGAGCAAGAGCCAUCAGUAUGUGGUAAUUUCCCCGUUGUUAAUUAUUAUCACAAUUAUCAUUAUUAUUACGAUAAUUAUAAUUAUCAUUAUCGUUGUCAUCAUCGUUAUUAUUAUCAUUGCUAUUACUAUCAUCAUAAUUUUUUUCAUUAACAAAUCAGCAUAUCAAGAACUAUAUCGAUGAUAAUUUAACGUACCGUAUUGGCUAGAGUCACCAUUGGCAAUUAGGGCGUGGUUAGCUAGGGUUUUGUUGCACCUCAAUAGGAAACCUCAUUUUCCUUUCAAUCGCACAUACUACCAAAUAUCACGGCCUUUUGUCACUGUUGUUUACUUUCUGUACCUUCUGACGACUGAAACCUAUGAUGAUUUGCACCGAUGUAUCGCGGAGAAUUAUGGAAAAUAUAUGGAAAGGUCAAAUCUGCGGAUGAGACUGAUUCACACAGCAGCCAGAGCUUAUCAGCUAAUUGCUCCCGCUCAUGGACGGGAUUUUAGUUUAUAUUUGGUUUCCCUGAAAAUUCUCUGCACCUUAAUCAUGCCCCCUCCUGUAAAGAUGCUUUGAGGGUAACAAGAUGACAGUAUCCAAGGUAACCUAGGAGAGGCUAGAACCCACACCUCUCGAUGCGAAGUCGAGCUCGCUGACCUUUCCGUGCGUACGUGACCCUAUAUUGUAUUUAUUUGUCCUUUUUGUCCCGUAGACUCAAAAAAGGCUUGCGAGAAGUUAGAAAUGAUGAUGAAAUUUACCAGUUACAAGUUGCUGAGUUGUAAUAUUGUUUGCUGUUCAGAAGAAAAGUGUAACACGAUGAUGCCAGAACCUACAACUACCGCGGCGUUUGAAAGGGAAAGUCACUUGUCUCCUGUACCACUGUUUUCCGCAGCUUCCAUGAUGAUUGAGAACGUUUUUCCUUUUGUCAAACUUGCGUUCUUAAUACACAUUCUGAUCUAAUAACCGAGAAUUUCUUAUCCGCUGUGGAGAGUCAAACUUUUUCACAUUUGUAGCAAGAUGCUAAAGAUGGAAGUGUAUUCCCGAACACACUUGAGGACACGAGAUACGUAUAGUGUCUUGGCAAAAAUAUUUUAUGAAAUUUGUUUGCUAUUGCUGUUUGGCGGAGGCAAAACAGUAGCAACAAAAACAACAUCAGCAAUCUUUAUUUGUAAUAUUCUUGCCUAAAAAUUAGAGUUCUGACUGUGUGGGAUGGACCAUAAAGGUUAAUAGAGUCUGGUAGCCCAAAAAGUAUUCAGAUUUUGAAUAUCGCGUCGUGUGUAAGAAUUUG